AUGGUGAUCUGCAAUACCAGUGCGACUGUGGAGCCCAUAUUUAUGCUGCGGGGGCUCCCCGGACUGGGGCAUGCUCAUCCCUGGCUCUCAAUCCCAUUCUGUCUUGCGUACUUGUUGGCACUGACGGGUAAUGUUACCAUCCUCUCUGUCAUCUGGAUGGAGUCCUCACUCCACCAGCCCAUGUAUUACUUUCUUUCCAUCUUGGCGCUAACUGACCUUGGUUUGUCCCUGUCCACACUGCCCACCAUGCUCGCUGUGUUGUGGCUGGAUGUUCGGGGGAUCCAGGCACGUGCUUGCUACGUCCAGCUCUUCUUCAUCCACACAUUCACGUUCCUGGAGUCCUCAGUGCUGCUGGCCAUGGCCUUUGACCGUUUUGUGGCCAUCUGCCGUCCGCUGCACUACACCGCUAUCCUCACCAACGGUGUGAUAGGCAAGAUUGGCUUGGCCUGCCUGCUAAGAAGCAUGGCAGUUGUCCUGCCCACCCCUCUGCUGCUAAGACGCUAUCACUACUGCCAUGUCAGUGCCCUCUCCCAUGCCUUCUGUUUGCACCAGGAUGUUCUGAAACUAUCCUGUUCAGAUGCCAGGAUCAACAGUGUUUACGGACUCUGCGUGGUGAUUGCCACCCUGGGUGUGGAUUCAGUCUUUAUCCUUCUUUCUUACGUCCUGAUUCUGAAGGCUGUGCUGGACAUUGCAUCUCGUGAGGAGCAGCUAAAGGCACUCAACACCUGUGUAUCCCACGUCUGCGUGGUGCUCAUCUUUUUUGUGCCGGUUAUCGGGGUAUCAAUCGUCCAUCGCUUUGGCAAGCAUUUGUCUCCCACGGUCCACAACCUCAUGGCUGACAUCUACCUGCUCCUUCCCCCAGUGCUUAACCCUAUUGUCUACAGCGUCAGGACCAAGCAGAUUCGCCUAGGGAUUCUCAGCAAGUUUGGACCGAGGAGGAGGCUUUAAGUCCUCUCUACCCACCAGGUUCCCACUGAAAAUGUGGGGUCAGCGAUUUGAGUAGGUGAGAAAUAAAUGAUCUGA